GCCACCGGCGGACACACACACACGGACUCUGGCUAGAGCCUCUCUCGGUAUUAGUGGCCCAACUCCUGCGUGUACUCUGGCUGUUGCGCGGCCUCAGCACCUGCCGGUCGGUGUGACCCGAAGCCGGCGCCCCUGACUCCGUCCGGGCCAGGGAAGGCCAUGAUGUCCCUGCCCGGAUCCUCUGCGUCCAAUCUGCUGCGGGUUUUGUUCCUGGGGCUGAGUACCCUCGCGACCGCUGCGCGCGCGCAGCCUGAGCUGCAUGUGCCCGCGGGCCUCACCAGGCUGCAGGCGGUGGAGGGAGCGGAAGUGGUACUCCCGGCGUGGUACACCCUUCGAGGGGAGGUGUCUUCGGCCCAGCCAUGGGAGGUGCUCACCGUGCAGUGGUUCUUGAAACAGGAAAGGAAGGAACUGAACCAGGUGUUGUCGUACAUCGGUGGAACAGUGUCAAGCCAACCCAGAGUAUCCCUGGUCUACUCCAUGCCCUCCCGGAAUGUGUCCCUGCGGCUGCAGGGCCUCCAGGAGAAAGACUCCGGGUCCUACAGCUGUUCUGUGAAUGUGCAAGACAGUCAAGGCUUGAGCAGGGGCUAUAGCAGCAAAACUUUAGAACUCAAUGUACUGGUGCCACCAGCUCCUCCAUCCUGCCACCUACUGGGAGCGCCCCAUGUGGGGACCAACGUGACCCUGAGCUGCCAGUCCCCGAGGAGUAAGCCCGCUGCUCAGUACCAGUGGGAGCGGCCACCCCCAUCUGCCCAGGUUUUCUUUGCACCAGUUUUAGAUGCCAUCCGUGGGUCUUUAAGCCUCAAAAACCUUUCCACUUCCAUGUCUGGAGUCUAUAUCUGCAAGGCCCACAAUGAGGUGGGCAGUGCCCAGUGCAAUCUGACCCUGGAAGUGAGCGCAAGGUCAAUUGGGCCUGGGGCUUCGGUGGUUGCAGGAGCUGUUAUGGGCACCCUGAUUGGAUUGGGGCUGUUGGCUGGACUGGUCCUUUUGUACCAACACCGCGGCAAGGCCGUAGAGGAGCCUGCCAACAAUAUCAAGGAGGAUGCCACCGCUCCCCGGACCCUGCUCUGGCCCAAGGGCUCAGACACACUCUCCAAGAAUGGGACCCUUUCCUCUGUGACCUCCGCACGAGCCCUCAGGCCACCCCAAGGCCCUCCUAAGCCUGGUAAUACGUAUGCAUCGACCCCCACACCCAGCCUCACCAGUCGGGCUGGAUCCUCACCAAGGCUUCCCUGGACAGAUGGACCCCCCUCUCAGCCAAUAUCCCCCAGCCCUGGUGGAAUCUCUUCCUCUGCUCUGAGCCGUAUGGGUGCUAUCCCUGUAAUGGUGCCCACCCAGAAUCAUGCUGGGUCUCUGGUGUGAUGGUCCAGACAUUUUUGGCAGAGCCACCUGGUUUCUCUCCUUCCUAUAGGGAUCACUACAGGGGUCACCCUAGCACUGAGGCCUGAGUCUGGGAGGGUGGCUACCUUCCAGAUCUCCAGUCCUCUGCCCCCACCCUUCUUUACUAUGGGUAAACUGAGUCUCAGUUAAGACCCAAAGUUCCAGGAAGUAGAAGAAGAGGAAAUGGACCCGGAAUUAGAAAGAGUCUCCAUCCCCUCCAGGGGCUUCCCUAAAACUGCAGAGGAAUGCUGCUGAGAUUGGCUAGCCCCACUCCCUCCCAUGGGGUCUGCCAGUCAAUGAAUCCUCCAGGCCCCCUGACCUGUACCCUAUCCCUGUCUAAAGCCAUCUUUCCCUCCCUCUCCAGCUCCCUGCAUUAAUAUAACCUGUCCUGCUGGCUUGGUUGGGUUUUGUUGGG